GCGUGAAGACAGCUUUCCGAACCUGAUACCACGACGAUAAAGACAAGCGCGACCUCUGUGCAUUGCUACCUGUAAGAGGGGUCAACACACAAACAAUCGUAUUUAGGAGUCGUUUCCCCCGCUGUCUUAUCUGCCUCUACUCGUGGAAACCUAGAACCUCACGGGAAAUUCAAGUCCGAUUUUGAUCGAAGGGAUCAAAUUGUGAAUUUUACUUCAGCAAGGAGAAUGUAGGAAUUAUUACUAGUGUUGUUAUAUAGAAAAUUUCAGAAAUUUUUUAUUGAAACUUUGAAAGUUGUGAGAUAUAAUGGAACUGGAUUGAUAGGAGCAAGGACAUGAUGACAGACAACGGGGACCAGUCAUUUAUCCGAGUCAAGUAUGGAGAUAACCAGGAGGCCAUCUUUAACCCCUGGUGCUCCAGCUACACCCUGAUGGAGUGGAUCAGAAAGAAGUGUAACUGUGAUAGUGACAUUUUGAUUGACCUAGUGGAUAUGGACGGUCAAGUGAAGAAUUUGUCAGGUCGUUCCAAGGAAUACGCAAGUGAAGUGGUCAACGGCAGGGAAACCUAUGUAUUAAUCCGCGUGGAAAAGAUAGGAGAUGGCAAGUACAACUAUACGUCUCUGCUGAACAAUCUAGGAGACGUAAACCCAGAGCUAUUCGGUAAAUUGAGCGUGAUGUCAAGACCACAGACGAGAGUAAAAGGAAAGAAAAACAACAAACCAUUAAAAACACCAAAGAGUUCUCGCAACGAGUCUGCAAAGAGGCCAAGAAGUAGUGAGAAGAAAAAGUAGUUCCGGCGACUGUGAAUUCCGAUGUUUAUUGACCUAUAGCUGUGUAUCAUAUCAUGGUACUGAUCAAAAUACAGGGUAGAAUGUCUAGUGGCCUAGGGUACACAACAAAACUAAUGGAUACAACUGUGCUAUCAUUACACCGACUGUCCUUAGCAAAUGAAUGCUUGGUUAUAUAGGAUAAAGCAUUCGUUUAAUAAGCUUAAAGUGUUUUUUAUAGGACAUAUUCGUUAAAACCGUAUGUUAUUUAUACUUAUUUUGCAAUUCCUUUUAUAUACUUUUGAUAUACACAUGUAUGGUAUAUCGUUUUGUCGUACGUUAACUUAAAGUUGUCAUGACAUGAGGUUCAUGUAUUAUACAUGUAUAAAGGGUUAUAUGCAUUUGAAUGUUAACUUAACUAUUACUUGCCUAUAUAGGGCAAUUAAAGGUUUUCUGUUAUGAAAUCAAAUAAAAAGAUUAUGCAAUUUUCAAA